AUGGCUUCCGUCCCGAGUGUGCAAUGCUUCGGCAAGAAGAAGACGGCUACCGCUGUCGCCCACUGCAAGCAAGGCAAGGGUCUCAUCAAGGUUAACGGCCAGCCCCUCUCUCUGGUCCAGCCUGAGAUCCUCCGCUUCAAGGUCUACGAGCCUCUCCUCAUCGUCGGUGCCGACAAGUUCGCCGGUGUUGACAUCCGUGUCCGCGUCUCCGGUGGUGGUCACACUUCCCAGGUCUACGCCAUCCGUCAGGCUAUCGCCAAGUCCCUCGUCGCCUACUACCAGAAGUACGUCGAUGAGCACUCCAAGAACCAGCUGAAGCAGGCUCUUGUCCAGUACGACCGCACACUCCUCGUUGCCGACAACCGUCGCACGGAGCCCAAGAAGUUCGGUGGUCGCGGUGCCCGCGCCAGGUACCAGAAGUCCUACCGUUAA